AUGGUGUCUGCGAUCCAGGAGCAGCGGGACAUAAUCUUGGACACGAUAAAAUCAAUAACCCGAGGAGAUUGGAAGGUGCUGGUCAUCGAUGAAUCUUCCAAGAAGAUAAUAGACAAUGUGGUAAAGGAAGAUGACAUCCUCAACGAGAAUAUCGCGAAUAUUGAGAGGAUCGAGGAGAAGAGGGAAAGGAAUCCUGACAUGGAUGCAAUAUACAUCCUCUCACCGCAACUACAUAUUGUCGAUUGCCUAAUGGCAGACUUCGAACGCCGACGAUACCGAAAAACUUUCCUAGUAUGGACUGCCCUGCUAGAUCCACAGAUGCGCCGGCGCAUCGACACCUCCAGACAAGCAAAAGAACAGUUGGCAGGAUUUGAAACGUUGUCGAUAGAUUAUUUUCCCCGCGAGUCGCACUUAAUCACAUUUAAAGAUCCUUGGAGUUUCCCUAUCUUAUACCAUCCAGCAUGCAACAAUCUUGUUCGCGAUCAUAUGCAGAUUCUUGCACAGAAGAUAACUGGCAUUUGCGUCUCUUUGGGCGAAUAUCCCAAAGUUCGAUACUACAGACCUCGAAACCCAACACACGAAGCCAGUGUGCUCUGCGGUCACCUGGCUAGAUUCGUCCAGGAAGAGCUCGAUGCAUACGCACAAUGGAAUCAGAACUUUCCUCCGCCUACCUCACGACCACCGGGAGUUCUUGUCAUUACAGACAGGUCAAUGGAUCUAGUAGCACCAGUCAUCCACGAAUUCACAUACCAGGCGAUGGCACACGAUCUGCUACCUAUAAAGGAAACCGACAAAGUCUAUUACAAGACAGUUGUCAACGAAGGAGGAGCCGAUCAGCAAGAAAAGGAGAUGGAGAUAGGAGAGAAAGACAAGAUCUGGGUGGAAAAUCGACACAGGCAUAUGAAAGACACAAUCGAGAAGUUGAUGAGCGAUUUUCAAAAGUUCAUCGACGAGAAUCCGCAUUUCACAAAUUCCGAGCAAGACGCCACGAGUUUGAACGCUAUCAAAGAUAUGUUAGCUGGAUUACCGCAAUUUCAAGAGUUGAAGGAAGCAUAUUCUCUGCAUCUGAAUAUGGCUCAGGAGUGUAUGAACAUUUUCCAGCACCACAAACUCCCAGAUAUUGCCUCUGUAGAACAAUCCCUUGCCACCGGGCUAGACGAAGACUUUCGAAAACCGAAGAACCUUGCAGAUCAGAUAGUUCGACUACUGGACGACGAGAGCAUUGGGCCUUCGGAUCGAUUACGACUGAUCAUGCUUUACAUUAUCUUCCGGGACGGUAUUAUCAUGGAAGACAUUCAACGUCUCUUGGCACACGCUUCCCUACCGCCUCAAGAUGCCGAAGUCCUUACAAACCUUGAACUCCUGGGAGCACAUACGACGAAGCUUCUGAAAGACCCCAAACGGACAACCCAAUCUCUAUUUCCUGCAAAAACUGCCCCCACCGCCCAAAGCGAAGAGUACGCUCUCUCUCGAUUUGAGCCAAUGCUCAAACUGAUGCUCGAAGAUAUUGCCAAGGGUGCUCUUGAUCAAACAACCUUCCCAUACGUAAAGCCGCCUCUUGACAAUUCUGAAGAAUUGGCCGCCCAGUCCCAGGCAUCACUUCGAAGUGCCAAGCCGACGUGGGCGAAGAACCGAACAUCAACGGUAGAAAACCGGCAACGAAUCAUUGUAUUCAUGGCCGGCGGUGCAACUUACUCAGAGUCUAGAGCUUGUUACGAGAUCUCACAAUCAAGGAGUAGAGAUGUGUUCCUUGCGACAAGUCACAUGUUGACUCCUGCGUUUUAUGUCAGGCAGGUGAGCGACUUGAGCAAGGACCGACGAAGAUUGGAUUUACCAAUGGAUCGACCAAAACCGAAGGCCCCCGCCCACUUGUUUGAGCGGAACGACCCUCGUCCUGCCCCUCCGCCCGCUGGACUUGGAUCGGCGAGAAUGGGUCUUUCCCAGUCGAAACUAAAUCCAGGCGUAGGUUUUCCUAAAGGGGGCGCGCUACCCAAAAGUCCUGGCGCUCCCUCACCUCCAGGGAAAAGUCCAUCAUACAAUCCAAGUCCGUACAAUCCGAAUCCUUACGCCACACCUCAACCAGUGCCUCCAACGGCUGGUCUGGCUGCCCUGAACAUGAGUUCUGGAGGUGGCCGGCCCAUUACCCCAAAUGGUACCAAUGGCGACGGAUCGGGCAGCAAAGGGAAGCUUGAGAAGAAGAAUAAGUAUGCGAAAGACGAUGGGGUAGAGAAGAAGAAGCGUGGAUUUUUUGGUAGCAAGAAAUAG